AGGCUAAUUGAGUUUACCUGGUCACUCUGAACAGCUGAAACAAACAUUUAUCGAUAAGAGCAAGGGCACAAUCAUUGCAAAUAGAAAAUAAAUGCUUGAAACAUGGUAAAUGUUAUGAAAGGAGUUUUGGUUGAGUGUGAUCCUGCUAUGAAACAAUUCCUGCUGCACUUGGACGAAAAGCUAGCUCUGGGGCGAAAAUUCAUCAUUCAGGAUCUGGACGAGAACCAUUUGUUCAUCUCCACGGACAUUGUUGACGUUCUGCAGGCUCGCGUGGACGACUUGAUGGACCGGAUCAGUUUCCCGCUACACGAUAAGGACGCAUAA